CCGGAAACCUUCCGGAUACCGUCGUCGGGGAAAGCACUGGCGAGAAACCAGGAAUCGAGUGACGGCGCGGUGAGGGAGUGACGAAGGAUGCCGCCGAAGCAACAGGCGUCCAAGAAGACGGUCCAGAAGGCCAAGGAAAAAGCAGUCGAGGACAAGACGUUCGGUCUUAAGAACAAGAACAAGAGUAAAAACGUACAGAACUACAUCAAGCAAGUCGCACACCAGGUGAAAGGCACGAGCGAGCGCGAGGAGCGCAAGAAACUCGAGGAAAAAAAGGCGGCGCAAGCUGCCAAAAUUGCCAUGGAGAAGCAGAUGAACGAAUUGUUCAUUUCGGCCAUCAUCCAACCCAAGGUCCCGUUGGGCGUCGACCCCAAGACGAUCGUGUGCGAGUUCUUCAAACAAGCGACAUGCGCCAAGGGAAAUCGGUGCAAAUUCUCCCACGAUCUCAUGGUGGGCAAGAAGGCGACCAAGAUUAAUCUGUACGAAGACGACCGCAAUGCCAAGCAAGAAGAUAAGAUCGAGGACUGGGAUCAAAAGAAGCUCGAAGACGUGAUCAAUGAAAAACACGGACAGAAGGUUGCGACACAAACCGACAUCGUGUGCAAGUACUUUCUCGAUGCGAUUGAAAAGUCCCAGUACGGUUGGUUCUGGACUUGCCCGAACGGCGGCAAGGCAUGCAAGUACCGCCAUGCGCUUCCCCCUGGGUAUGUGUUCCAGACCAAAGCGGAGCGUGAUGCCGCCAAGAGCAAGAAGGUUGAAGAAGUCAGUAUCGAAGAGAUCAUCGAGCAGCAGCGCGCGAAACUCGGCGCUGGCGGGGGCACCCCCGUCACGGAGGAGUCGUUUGCCAAGUGGAAAGUUGAAAAGUUGGCGCGUAAAGCUGCAGAAGAAGAGAAGCGCCGAAAGGAAGACGCUAAGAAGUCGGGCGGCCGUGGCAUUCUCAGUGGGCGUGCGCUGUUCUCAUACGACCCCACGCUCUUCCGCGAUGACGACGACGCCGCCGAAGACGAGUAUGAAGUUCAAAACGAAGAUGCUGACGACGAAUCAAAGCCGGCGUUUCGAGGCGACGGUGUCGACGAGGCCGCUUCUGCCAUGGACGCAUCGUUGUAUUUGCAGGACGCAGACGAGGGUAACUUAGACGAACUCAUGGAAGACGAGUAGGGGUAGAAUACACAGUAGGUGGAGGUGGCAGGUAGCAUGAAUGACGAUGAAUCGAUGCGUGUAAGUCACAUGUACCAUCAUCAGUGGUCCGUGUCGUCCCGGCGACUUACACGACUUG